UCGGGCCAUUUAAAUGUGGGUGAGGGAGCCCGUGAAAUGGCUGCGCAGGUCGCUGCGGUGCGCGCCGUGUCCCGGGCCCCGGAGGAGCCGCCCCCGCUCCCCUCGGGGGACCGGCCCGGCCGGCCUCGCGGCGGCGGGCGGCGGCGGCGGGGCCCCCCCAGCGAGGCGGCUGGCGGCAAGCGGGCCCGGCUGAGCCAGCAGCUGCUGGCGGGGCCCGGCCCGGCGGAGCCGCUGCCCCCGGCCGCCCUGCCCGGCCUGCCCGCCGCCGGGCUCUUCACCUUCUCCCCGCUCAGCCUGCCGCCGCCCGCCGCGCUCGAGGAGCGCCGCCACCACCACCACCGGCAUCGCCCCGGCCCCGAGCCCGGCCGGCCGGCCGCCGGGCAGCCGCAGAAGGCGAGGCGGGGCAGCCCCGCGGACGGGGCGGCCGGGCGGCCCAGCAAGCGAGAAACUCCAGAUGAAAAUGGCAAAACGCAGCGAGCUGACAGUCAUAUUAUGAAGAAGAUAAAGAAAAAAAAGAAAAAGAAACAUCGGGAAGACAUGAGGGGGAAACGCCUGAAGAUGUACAACAAAGAAGUGCAGACUGUGUGUGCUGGACUCACUCGCAUUGACAAGGAGACUCUGUCUCAAGGACAGUGUGAUAACUUGGAAAUGAACAAGGAAUCCUUCCGGUAUCUGAAGGAUGAGCAGCUCUGCAGGCUGAAUUUGGGUAUGCAGGAAUAUCGAAUACCCCAGGGAGUACAAACACCAUUUGUGACACACCAGGAGCAUUCUGUCCGUAGCAGCUUCUUGAAAACUGGCACUAAAUUUAGUAACUUCAUUCAUGAGGAACAUCAGUCCAAUGGUGGUGCUCUGGUCCUUCAUGCUUACAUGGAUGAACUCUCAUUUUUGUCUCCAGUGGAGAUGGAGAGAUUUGCAGAGGAGUUCCUCGCGUUGUCAUUCAGUGAAAACGAUAAAAAUGCAGCUUACUAUGCCUUGGCCAUAGUACAUGGAGCAGCUGCUUAUUUACCAGACUUCCUGGAUUACUUUGCUUUUAACUUUCCUAACACUCCAGUGAAAAUGGAAAUUUUGGGCAAGAAAGAUAUUGAAACAACAACAAUUUCAAAUUUUCACUCUCAGGUCAAUCGGACGUACUGCUGUGGAACCUACAGAGCAGGACCCAUGCGGCAGAUCAGCCUUGUUGGAGCAGUGGAUGAAGAAGUUGGGGACUACUUCCCAGAGUUUCUAGAUAUGUUAGAAGAAUCUCCAUUUCUCAGAAUGACCUUGCCCUGGGGCACUCUUUCCAGUCUCAGACUUCAGUGUAGGUCACAAAGUGAUGAUGGUCCCAUCAUGUGGGUGAGACCAGGAGAGCAGAUGAUCCCCACGGCUGAUAUGCCAAAAUCGCCCUUCAAACGGCGCCGGUCAAUGAAUGAAAUAAAGAAUCUCCAGUACCUACCUCGAACCAGCGAGCCCCGUGAGGUCCUGUUUGAGGACAGGACCAGAGCUCACGCUGACCACGUGGGCCAGGGCUUCGACUGGCAGAGCACGGCGGCUGUGGGUGUACUGAAGGCUGUUCAGUUUGGGGAAUGGAGUGACCAGCCUCGUAUAACCAAAGAUGUGGUUUGUUUUCAUGCUGAGGAUUUCACUGAUGUUGUACAGAGACUUCAGCUGGACCUGCAUGAACCUCCAGUGUCACAGAGGUACCUCGAUGAGGGGCCGGUCCUUGGCAGCCAGCACUGCAAUCACUCAGGAACUGACAAACCUGCAGAUACUACAGUGAGUCUGCACAUGGAACUGUGGAGGCAGAAUGAGCAGAUUGGGAGCCCCCACACACCACCUUGUCUGUUUUUUGUGAAAGGUAAAACAGAGGAUGAGGGAAUAAAUUUGGAAGUCCUCUCUAAAUUCUAAUGGUGUGUUUUCAGGUGGAUAAAGGAAAAAGACCAGACAGGCUCCUGUUGCUUUCCAAACUGUAGCUUUAGUGGAAUCUCUGACUGCAGCCUGAGAUAGCAGGAAGAUGCUGUGACUUAGCCCUUGAGAUGGAGGGACAUGACCAGGAAUGUCCUGCUCUCUUUGUCCCGUGUGUUUACUGAGUACCCACUGUCACAUUUAAAUACAGAAACGUAUCUUCACAUGACUUGAAUGUUGCUGACACUGCUCUAGCACGCUUGGAAGAUGGAGGAAGAGGGGAGCAAACUAUAAAAAUCUGUUACCUAAAUACAUGAUCAGCUUUUGGUAUAUUUUAACCAAAAAGAUGUACUGCUUUCAGACUCCACCUCAAUUCUGAUGUAAAGAAUGAGGGAUUGUUAUGAAGCUGAUGCCUGAACUUGUCUGGCCAUUGUUUCAAGCUCAAUUCCAUUGCACAGAACUGGAACAAUGCCUUGAUGUGAAAGUUGCAAAUGUUUUUCAGAACAAUACAUGUAUAAUAACAGUUUUUAUAAGCUAUAGCUGUUCAGAAAUGGAGUAACAAGUUCAAGCCAGUCAGUGUUUGCUGAGAAAAACAAAUCUCUGGGUAGGUGCAAGUAAAUAUUUUUGAGUAUCUCUCAUGUUAAAUACCUGGCUGUUGGCAUUUCUCUAAGAUUUCAUGAAACAGCCCAUGUAAUGAGAUAAUCAGAGUGGCACAUUUCAUGGGUUGCUCCAAUACUUCUCAGUAGCCAGACAGAUAAAGAACAGGACUGAAUCCUCAGCUCUCUGUUCUGAGGAUCUGCCCUGUGACAUGUCUGCCAGCUGGUAACCAGGAGCUCUUGCUUUGUGCUGGAGAGAACUGCUCUUGGCCAAGUGCUCAGCUACCAGCUUUGAGAGACAGAACAGGCUUCUGUUCUAAAUGAAGUGCUGUUGAUUAAAAAUGUAAAUUGGGUAAAGGCAAGUGGCUCAGCUGUGCUAGAGGUGGACUAGCACAAUGCAAUCUCAAGAUGAAAUGCCAGUUAGCUUUGGUCCCCUCUCUCCUUUGGACCAGUCUCUGUGUGCAGAUACUUGACACGUUCUCUUCCAGGAAGGUGGGACACUCAGUGGAGUGUUCUCAGGGGAUUUAGAAUCCACAUUUUUUCACAGCUGUAGAUCUUGCCAUACGGGAAAAGGGCUCUGUCAGUGUUCUGCAUGUCAUGGUUCAGCUCCCCCCGACACGGGGGUUCCCCAGGGCUGAGAGCCCCUGCCCCCAGGGGCAGCUGGUUCCGGGGUGGUCCCGGUGCUGGGGCUGGUUCCGCCCUGGGGUGCCGGCUGAGGGCUGGUUGUGGCUCCCGGAGCACAUCCCGGGCCCGGGCCGCGGGGGCAGGGCCGUACGCGGGCUCCCGGUUUCCCUGUACAACAUGUAAAGAGAUUUCUGUGUUGCUGUUCUUGUGAUUUGAUUUGACUUGGAUUGGCAGCUACGACUUUUUCUGUGGUUUUAAUUUAUCUAAGGUCUCUGCCUGCAGAGGACGUGUACAAUUGCCUGGAAGACUGUUUGCUUUGUGCGGCCUUAGUGUAUUUAUCGCCGCUGGCCGCUGCUCGAGGCGGUUUUACCGGGGGCGGCGGAGCCCGGGCCGGGGGGCUCGGGGACGCGGCUGCCAGGAGCUGACUGUACACCAGUGUCAAACUGUUAAGCUAUUUCUUUGUAAAAUAGUCCAACGGAAUGCAUAGAAUUUUUUCCUGUAAAGUAUUUUUUUAAUAAACAAAGUCUGAUUUUGUCCUUUA